AUGCUGGCGGGGAGAGCCCUCGCGCUCCUGGCCCUGACCUGGAGCACCUCCGGGGGCCUGGCCCUGCCCCGGGUCACCGACUGCGGCCUCUCCUGCUCUCAGGGCUUUGUCUGCAGGAGUCACGUGACCCGGAACAUCCUGAGCAGCUUCUGCCGGCAGCCCCGCGCGUCCGUGCCCCCGUCAGUCCUGGGGGCCCUGACACUCGCCACCGCCAUGAGGUGCGCCCCCCACGACGGCUGCUCCCUGCUGCUGCGCGUGCAGGCCUCCCUCCGGCUGCACGAGAGCCUGCGGGGCCUGGAGGCCUGCGCCCUGAGCAUGGACACGCAGGAGACACACUGUCACAGCGUGCGCAUCCCCAGGGCCUUGCGCCGGCUGCUCGUGGGGCAGGAGUUCCAGGUGCACUUCGACUGCUUCGAGGUCAGCGCAGCCCAGAGCGUCCACGUCACCCUGAGGACUGUCCCCCACUUCUGUGGGGUGCAGCUGGAACAGCAGUACCACGUGGAAGACUGUGGAGACGAGGACGUGGGGAGGAACCUGCCGGAAUGCCUCGCCGGGAAGCUGUCCUACUGGGUGGAUCGCGGCCGCAAGGUCGUUCUGGUGCAGCUGCCCGAGGCCCCUGGGGGCACCGACUACUUCGUGCGGUUCUGCCUCCAGUGGUUCACCUGCGAGGACGUGGGCGCGGUGCUGCAGGUGGCGGCGAACAGCGUCCCCGGGGUGGUCGCCCUGCCCUACAGCCAGGAGCUGCCGUGCCUGUGCCUGGAGAGCUGGUCUGCGACCCCAGAUGCCGUGCGGACCCGGACCUGCCCCUUUGAGGACGACACGGAGGCGCUGUGGGAGGCCAUCCGCUACCACCCGGCGAGCCAGGCGCUGAGCUGGGAGCCCGCCUGCCCCCUGAGCGGCCUCGUGAGCCUGUGCUGGUGCCCGGGGCCGGGCACCCACUGCCACGAGCUGCAGGACUCACAGCGGCCGGCACACGGCAGGGUGCAGUUCUCUCUGGUGGACACGCAGCCCCAGCUCUGCCUCCAGUUCUCCACCAGUCUAGGCUUCCACGUGAGGUGCCCCUUCCAGCAGCUGGGCUUCCCAGCCUGGAAGAUGACCGUCUGCCCAUCACCUUCGGGGACCCACCUCCGCGUCACCUUCUCCUCGCCGGGCCCCGCCCGCUUCCAGGUGUGCCUGUGUCGUGGGAGGAAGACGUGGCCCCCGGCCUGCCACCGAGCCCUGCAGGUCACCACCCUCUCCGCAGCCUCGGCUGACGGCACGGUGGACCUUGCCUUCGUGGACGUUCCCCGGGACGAGGCCUGUGGGCCCCACACUUGCAUCCAGGGCUGGAGAGCCGACAUGCACUUCUCAGUCCCCCAGCAGCUGUGUGGCAUCCCGUGCUGUGAGCUGGGGAUGUGCCUCAGGCCCAGACUCCCGGGACCUCGGGCCUGCCCCCCCCACCUCCUGUGAGACCCCAGGCUACGCCUCAGGCCACCGCAGGCUGGGAUGCCAACACUCUCUGAGCCUCCACACACACCCCUCCGUGUCCUGGUAAAGG